AUGGGUGCAUGUGCAUCAAAAACAAACAAAAACAAACAAAAAUACCUGAAGAAUGAUGUGAUUGACACCGGUAAUAAUAAUGAUAAUAAUAACACUAAUAACAACAAAAAGGAUUCAAUUAUUGGACAACCACAACAAGGGCAAUCGCCGGCAGCAAAUGUCGAUAAAUUUGCUAAUGUACCAUUUAUUGAUUCGGAAGAAAAGUUAACUACAGUUACGCCACCGUCAGCAACAUCUCCAUUAUUAACAGAACAAACAAUGCCACCUAAUCAUGAUAAAGACAACGAUGAACGAACAACCGUCAAAACAAACUUUGAGACAAAUGCCUCCUAUUCAAAUACGGAAACAAUUGAAAAGCUUAAACAAGAAGUAUAUACAUUUCUUCGUGAAAAAAUAUUUCCAAUUAAUGAAGAGAAACAAAAACUUAUUGAUUAUAUAAACAAACGAAUUACUGGAAGUUUAACAGAGAGUACAGCAAUAGAUGAACAACUCAAGGAAUGUUUUGAUGAUAUUGAGCAACAUAAACAUCCUAAUAGUGAUGAAAAUAAUAAGAUAAAAAAUCGUUUAAUGAAUUUUAUAACUGUUUAUGUAGCAUCACAAUCAUCAGAUAACUCCUUUUUAAAAGCACUUUACGAUAAAUUGGGAUCAUCACUUGAUCUCAAUUCAUUGAAUGCUGAAACCACUGAACAUGAAACUGUCAAUGUAACAGUCAAAAAAACAGUACGACAAGUUUUUGUUGAUGCUUCAUCAACAUUAACGCCAAAUUCGAAUCCGAAUUCAACACAAAAUACACCCGAAAAUGUUAUUAAUCUAUCAAAUAAUGAACAUAACAUUCCGACUGAUUUACCGGAUGAUAUACGACGUAAAGCAGAACAAGUAUUGAAUAGUUUUAAUGAUGUUAUACAUGCAAAAUAA